AUGGGACAAACGAACAACAGAAAACACCAGCAGGAAGACAUGCAGAGAAGGAAGAAACCGGGGAUGGAGUCGGGUAGCAGAGCGACAACAGAAAAAAUGACGAAAAGAUAUGAAGAGGAAUUUAAUAACCGCGGCGCUGGGAGAAAUAGCGGUUCGAACUCAGGAUCCGAGACUGAGCAUGACUGGUAUAUUCAGUCCCCCCACCACCCUCUUUCGAAUACUCACUUCCCCAAGCUGGAAGUGCCAGUCCGUCGACAGACGAGCGAGGCAGUAAGUGGCAGGGUGGAAGCCCCUGGCAACAUUGGGAUCAUUGAGGCAAUCGCUGUGUUCUGGUACAUUGAUUGGGAAUUACUUGCGACUGGGUGGAUUCUUGGCGCUAGUGUGAGGCGCCCUCGAGUGGGCGUCCUAAGUGGUCUAGGAGGCAACACAACCUAUGAACAAUCAGUGCUAAACGAGCUGCAGGGGAGUGGUAUAGAGCAGGAGGGCGCGCGGGACCAUCUUGAAGUGGGCGUUUGGUGGCACAUGCACCCAUGCGCACGGAGUAAUAACUUUUGGCUGCAAGAAUGUUGGGUUUGA